GCAACAUGGUGGAGUGGUGUUUACCCCAAGAUAUUGAUUUGGAAGGUGUGGAAUUCAAAUCCAUGGCAAGUGGGUCUCACAAAAUCCAGUCAGAUUUCAUUUAUUUCCGGAAAGGGCUCUGUUUUGGCCUGGCCUGCUUUGCCAACAUGCCUGUGGAGAGUGAGUUAGAGCGUGGUGCCCGUAUGAAGUCCGUGGGGAUUCUCUCCCCUUCCUACACCCUGCUAUAUAGGUACAUGCACUUCCUGGAGAACCAGGUCAGACACCAGCUGGAGAUGCCAGGGCACUACUCCCAUCUAGAGGCAUUCUAUGAUGACAAGAAAGGAGUUCUCCCUGACAGCAAGGGCACCUCUCAGCAACCUGUCCACUGGCUGCCAUCCAUCCACAGAUACAUGUACCCAGAGAUGAAGAUCACACACCCUGCUGGAUGUAUGUCUCAGUUCAUCAAAUUCUUCGGUGAGCAGAUCCUUGUCCUCUGGAAGUUUGCCCUGCUGCGCAAGCGCAUAUUGAUAUUUUCACCGCCCCCAGUUGGAGUUGUCUGCUAUAGAGUGUAUUGCUGCUGUUGCCUUGCCAAUGUUUCUCUGCCUGGUCUCGGAGGAACUGUCCCAGAGUCCAAACCAUUCUUCUAUGUGAAUGUGGCAGACAUAGAAAUGCUGGAGACAGAAGUAUCAUAUGUGGCCUGUACAACAGAAAAGAUCUUUGAGGAGAAACGGGAUCUCUAUGAUGUCUAUGUGGACAACCAGAACGUGAAGACACAUCACGAGCAUCUGCAACCACUCCUGAAAAUUAACAAUGCUGACAAGGAGAAGUACCGACGGCUCAAUGACCAGAGGCAGAUGUUAAUGUAUUCUCAAGAAGUGGGUGAGGACUGUAGCUCCUGUGAAGAGGACCUUUUCAUCUUGUUUUUCAUGGAGCAGAACAACCGCAUAUUUCAGACGCUGAUGGAGGUGUCAGCCAGCCAGGACAAGACACUGACAGCUGACCAUGCACGAGGCAUGGGCCUGGAUCCCCAAGGGGAUCGAAGUUUCCUUAUGGACCUACUGGAAGUGUAUGGCAUUGAUGUUAUGCUAGUCAUCGACAACCCCUGCUGCACUUAA